AUGAAUCACUACCUUGCGCAUGUACAACAAAAUCUCUCUGCAAUCGAGUUCUCUCCUCGAUUGGGCCGCCACGCGUAUAUGAAUAGGACCAUCCUCCUUCCCCGCUUUCGCGAAGACUUGGUCUUCAUGGUUCUCUUUUGCCCGUAUUCCCAAACGGCUACAACCGUUGACCUGGAAUUAUUCGUGUGGAAUAGGCUGUUCCUUCUCUCCGUGGCAUACCCCUCGGAUCAUCAAUCACCGCCCAGGAGCGAUCCUCGGCGGGAGAUCGAAUUCACUGCCGAAUUUUUUGACGAAGAUUAUCAUCAUGUUCUGAACAAUUGCAGGGGGGCAAGGGAGCCACUGUCAAUCGAUACCGAAACGAACGUAACGAAGAUGCAGCGAGUAGAGUACUCUUUACUGAUCUGCGAGUCCCCGGAUGCUAAAUCAACCUUCUCGACAACAUCCCACCUCGCUGCUAGAAUUUGGUUGAGUAGCGUGUAUAUUGUGCGAAGAGUACUUAACGUUGUUCACCGGUCCGGCUUCUUUUCCCUUCGACCCCCACUCGUUAUGCCACGGUCUAUCUUAGCCCUUCACGGGUACAUGUGUAUUUCGUUGCGCUUCCUUACGCCCGUUUGGAUAACAACUCUGUGGAAGAGAUACGCCCAAAAUUCAACCAUCUUCAGCAAACGUUUUGGUUUUCUAAUAUCAGAUCUGAGAGAAGGUGCUGUUAACAUCCGUGCCCGCCUUUUCCUCCUGACUCUGAACCGUGGGAGUCGUUUUAUAUAUCCCCAGCAAGUGCUAUGCGGACCCAAGGAAUCAGUGGUCAAGAUCGUUUGGGGCAAGAUUUGGACUGACGUUUCAGAUUUCGUCUGCGGUUACUUUGAUGAAUGAGGUGGGAGCGCGACAUCCAAGGUCUAUUUCGUGUACCUGUACUUUUAUGUCAGGGGUCCACGUCCGAGCCGGCCAACGUAUUCGACAUUCCUGCCGUAUCGGUGCUCACCCGCUUUAAAUGGAACCUGAUGUGGAUAGGGCGACA